GAUGCAUGGGUUUGGAGUUUAUCGUUUUGCAAAUGGGCAGCGUUAUGAAGGAGCCUGGCAUGAAGGUAGAAGGCAAGGGCUUGGCAUGUACACUUUCAGAAAUGGGGAAACUCAAUCUGGGCACUGGCAAAAUGGUAUUCUUGACGUGCCAAGCUCCCAGAACUCCACCUAUCCCGUGUCUCCCAUUGCUGUUUAUCAUUCAAAAGUGCUUAACUCAGUUCAGGAAGCACGACGAGCUGCAGAGAAAGCCUACGACGUGGCCAAGGUUGAUGACAGAGUGAACAGAGAUGUUGCUGCAGCUAACAAGGCAGCUAAUGCAGCUCGAGUAGCAGCUGUAAAGGCUGUUCAAAAACAAAUGCAUCGUAGAAGUAACAGCGAUGAAAUUUCAGUUCCUCCUGUGUAGGAGUUACGGCAACGCCAUUGUCAGUCUAAACAAGCGAUCAGUAUAGAAGGCAACUGGAGGAUGCCAGUGUUUGUGUAAAAUUUUCCUUGUAAUUUUUGCUUCAUCAUCUUAUUUUUAUUCCCUAUUUUUCGCUUUCCUUUCUUCCCAAAUGAGGAUGCAAUGAGAGAGAGGAGAGGAGAGAGUUUAGUCAGGUCUAAGAUUGGUGUUCUAUUUUUCCACUUGUUUCUGGUAGGUUCAACAUGGAUGAAUUAUCCAGCAGCUUGGUGUUCUUUUUUUUUUUCACAGCACAAUGUGAGAGAGACAGAGAGUAGUUGGUUGUAAAAUAUAAGUGCGGGUGCCCAGGGACAACCUCAACCCAGCCGGCCUUGUAUGUGAAUUUAGUACUGAGA